GCUAUAUUUGAUCGUAUUUUAGUACGAUAUAAAGCUGUACAAAGCGCCUUGAUCACAUCUGAUUUCCUAGAACCCAUGUUGUCUCGAGUUAAAUAAAAAAUGUCAAUGUUUUGUUCACUGUAAAAUCCAAUAGCUUUCCUGACUCACAUAUACUAGUUAACUUUACUCCGUUAUAUAAAAUACAUACUUCUUACUAGUUGUUUUGAGUUACAGUCAAUUGCAUGGUGAAAAAAGCUAUUUACUUAUUGUUUUGAGUGAAUAUAACUUUGUUGAAGUUAUCUUAACUUGCUUAGAGCGACUAUUUGGAACUCAACCUACACUGUAAAUUCCAAUAGUUGUCAUAACUUGCAUAAAUGAGUUAGCUGUAGUCGGUUAUGAAUAAUUACAAAGUAACGGUUAAUUGCAUGGUGAAAUAAGCUAUUUACUUAUUGUUUUGAUUGAAUAUAACUUUGUUGAAGUUAUCUUAACUUGCUUAGAGCGACUAUUUGGAACUCAACCGAAGAACAAGCAGGGCUGGGUGUGAGCAUGUUCAGUAGAAGUCACCAACGGUUAGUCUCGUGCUCAAGACCACAGUGGUGCCUGUCGGACUGUGCUGACGCAUUUGCUGAAAAGUUAAUGAUUUCAUCGCUUGUCGAAUAAUAAGAAGUGCUUGUGACAACUGCCUUGAGGGCUCUUCACAGCUGCUUUGUCAGUGCGGGCUGGAGUACACUGGAGAUGCAGUGGACCUGUAAGCAGUGUAUUUUUUCUACAGACAAAAAGAGGACAGUUGUUGAAACACUAUCGCCUAAAACAUGGAGGCUUUACUCGGCAACAACCAAUACCAUGUCUUCAUCACGAUUGCUUAUGCACCUUCCCACUGCGGAGACGGAGAUUGUGGAGGCUGAACUUCCAGUGAAAACCCUGAAGGAGCGCUGGCCAGCCCUUUUUACAGAAAGACAAGUGUUUGCUGAGUUCAACAGGAUAGCUGCGACUAACUUGAAUAGUGACUUUUUUGGUGCUAUUGACCGCUACACACCACGCUUUCUUGCAAUUUUCAAGUCCAAGAAAGGAAGUGUUGGAGAGAAACUGGCUGAAAUUGUGCAACAAAUUGAUUCAAGGAAACCAGAUGUGACAGCAGUGCGUACCCUUGUUCUCCAAGGCAUCUCUGUUCUGCUUGGUGAUGACUCCAGUACAUUCUACAGCACCUGCUUUGAUUCUGACAGUAAUGAGGCCUGGGCUCAGGUAUCUGUAGGGUUGUUGACUGUCAUCAGUGAAGAUGCGCUCCUCUCUCCAAAUCAUCUCCAUCUUGACCCGGUGUCUACUGCCAUCAUUCUGGAAGGAGGUAUUGUAAUGGACAAUCUCGAGAACCUACCUCAAGCACUUUGCCUCUUGUUUGGACUCUCAUAUGCGCUACACUUGGACUACCCAAAACCAAUGAAAAACACAUUUGGUUUUAUUCAACGAGUGAUGCUUGGCCUGGGAGAGAACAAACUCCCCCAAACUUCAAAGUCUUAA